CGCAGGUGACGGACUCCAGUCUGAUUCUAAAUGCAAAAAGGCUUAAUAAAACACAGGUGAUUUACACAUUCAACAUGACGCUGAGAACGGGGAAGUAUAUAAACUCAAGGUCCAUCUUAUUUGCUGCAUUUCCACCAUCUUUACUUGGCUCAGUGAGACAGCACAGCUUUAGGAGAAAAACAGUGUUGUAGUAAAGAUGGACUUCAACUUGAUCUUGUCCUGGACUCUUCUCCUGCUUUCCUUCGGCCAACUGCUGGCACACCCUGUCUCAGAAACAGCAGAUAUGUCUUACCAAGGAAUUGACUCAGCCGAGGAGGCAGGAGCAAUCGGUCCUGAGGACCUGGAUUUGAUCAGCCUUCUCCAGAGGACUGCGGGCUUCAAUUACGCCCCACUGCUCUCUAAAGAUGGUUUCAGAGUGUCCGGGUUGCUCCCUAAAGAAGCUCUAAAAGAGGUUCUGCUGGAGAAACCAGGCCAUCUAAGCUCUCUCAAUCACAUACUUGGUAUUAAGAGGCCAUACAGAAAGAGGGGCAAUGGAGCGGACUGCUUCUGGAAGUAUUGUGUUUAAUACUGAGAUGGAAAAUCACAUGCAUGACUGAGAGACUGGGCUUGUUUUCAGAUACCAACAUAACAUGUACACACACACACACACACACACACACACACACACACACACACACACACACACACACACACACACACACACACACACACACACACACACAGGUACAGCAUUGAUAAACACCCUCAAAAUACAUAUCUGUUGUUGACACACUGGAUGAGAUACAAUUGAAGCCUCUUAACCACAGGUAUUUGGGGUUGUUUAUAUUUUUGCACACCGCCAUUUCUGUGAUGUUCUGUAAACCUUUAAAAAUGUUGUGUGAUAUUGAUACACAGCACACAGCAUCAUUUUUCUUUUUAGUAAAUGCUGUAAUAAGUACAU